CCUCUUCACUGCCUCCAGUUUGCAUGUGGUUGUUUGCGUAUGAACGUGCCUUCAUGUGAGAUGUGAGUAAGCCAGAUCUUCUUCACUUGGGACCUUAUUUUCAGUCUCCACCGGGAAGGCUGCACUGCUGACACUCGGAUCCUGAGAAGUGGAGCCAUUGUGUUGGUUCUGUGUUUUAUUUGGAUUCCCAAAGCAGAACCUCUUUCAUUGUGCAUCAGGGGAGACACCAUGGGGUCCAGUUCCUCCUCUUUCCCUCACCGAAACAUUUACCUGGAUGUUGAUGGGAAGGUGCAAAAGGUGGUAUUCAGUCAGCACAGCAGUCCAUGUGACAUCAAGGAACUUUUAUGUUCCUCAUCCAACCUUCCCAGGAACACAGCAAUCAAGUUGAUAAAUCCAGAAGGGGCCAUGGUCUCUAUUGAUGCCACAGUGCCGGCCAACUCUCCAAAUUUUCUUUACAAAGUUGUCCCAUUGUCCACCAGUCAGCCACCAGCAGAGAGAGAGGACAUGUUUCAGAGCUUGUUAACUCAGGUUGCUGAGCAGUUUACCAGAGCCUUUCGCAUUAAUGAGCUGAAGACUGAAGUCACCAACCGACUGGCAGCACUGGAGAAGAGAGUUGAAAUGGAGGGCUUGAAAGUAGUCGAAAUUGAAAAGUGCAAAAAUGAUUUGAGGAAACUUCGAGAUGAAGUGACAUCAAGAGGUGGAAGCAGGGUAAACUGUUCAUGCAAAUACAGCUUCACAGAUGAAGGGAAGAAGGUCACACCGAGACGAGAUGUCCCCACCUACCCGAAGUACACACUUUCUCAGGAGACAAUUGAGGCACUGAAGAAGCCAACAUUUGACGUUUGGCACUGGGAACACAAUGAGAUGCUAAGUUGUCUGGAAUUCAUGUACCAUGACUUGGGACUUGUGAAGGAAUUCAACAUGAAUCCCAUUAUACUUAAACGCUGGCUGCUGGCAAUCCAGGAAAACUAUCGCGAUAAUCCCUUCCACAACUUUCGUCAUUGCUUCUGUGUUAGUCAGAUGAUGUAUGGCAUGAUUCACCUCUGCAGCCUGCAGGGGAAGCUGACACUCACAGAUUUGGGCAUUUUAAUGACAGCUGCAGUGUGUCAUGACCUGGACCACCCUGGCUACAACAACACGUACCAAAUCAAUGCUCGCACAGAGCUGGCAGUGCGCUACAAUGACAUCUCCCCUCUGGAAAACCAUCAUUGCGCUGUGGCUUUUCAGAUUCUGUCCCUUCCUGAGUGCAACAUCUUUGCUAAUGUCGAUCCAGAGACAUUCAGAAAGAUCCGACAGGCCAUUAUCACUCUUAUUCUGGCCACGGACAUGGCUAAGCAUGGUGAGAUCCUCGAAGGCUUCAAGCAGAAACUGGACAACUUUGAUUUUAACAAUGAGGAGCAUGUCACAUGUCUAAAGAAGGUGUUGAUUAAGUGCUGCGAUAUCUCCAAUGAGGUGAGGCCAUCUGAGGUUGCUGAGCCCUGGGUGGACUGUUUGCUGGAGGAGUACUUCAUGCAGAGCGACAGAGAGAAGUCUGAGGGACUUCCAGUAGCUCCCUUCAUGGACAGAGACAAAGUUACCAAACCGACAGCUCAGAUUGGGUUCAUCAAGUUUGUCCUCAUCCCUAUGUUUGAGACUGUCAUGAAGCUAUUCCCCCAGAUCGAAGAAAUCAUGGUUCAGCCUUUGAGAGACUCUCGGGACCAUUAUGAGGAGCUGAAGCAGCUUGAAGACUCAAUGACAGAGCAGUCUUCUUUCAUGAGCCGAUUGAGGAAAGACUUGAAAAGCGAGUGAGGCCCAUGUGAAGACAUCCAGUGCUGACUACUAAAACAGAUUCUGAGGAUGACAGCUGAAGCAGAGGGCCGAGAUAUGAGUGUUAUAGCUCUUCAGCAGGCUGAACUAAAAUUAGUCAUUGCAUGUCUUUGACUUUGACUUUUAGAGUGGACUUUGAAAGGAGGUGGUGAUCCUCCAUGUAUAUUUAUGUUGAGACAGCAAUUUUCAUUUUGUAAUUUUUAUUGAACGAAAUAUUGGUGAUAUGGCUUUCUCCAAACAGAAAGUAAUUUGUUUUAAUUUGUUAUGCGCGUUAACAAUCUUAAGAGCUAAUGAGUUUGCCUAGUUCACCAAAGGUUUAGCAAUUCUUUUAAUAAUAAUUGAAUUAAAUGGACCAAAGUUACGCCAUUUAAAUUACGUCUAGCAAUAAAGGUUUUAGCUGGUAUGGUGUACACAAUGUUUUUUUUUUUAAACAAACAAAAAUACUUCUGAUCUCUUAAAUAUUUUUCCUUUUAGCUUACUCUUGACUUUCACUUUUUUGAGAAAUAGACUGCCUUCAGUGUGUUGGGGACAGUUUAUCACACCAAGCCCUGUUUGCUCAGAUUUUCAUAUGAUUGUAUUAAUGUUGCUGUUCAAGCACAUUAUAACUGUUUGUUAGUGCUUAUUAUGACAAACUAUUUAGGUAUUAGGUCCUUCCUUCUUGCACAGUGCUCAAAUUCUUUAUUCAAUAAAGCCUCUUUGAUUUUCUUUGAAAUGUUAUAUGGCCUGUACUUAUAUAGUACUUUACAUUACAUUCAGCUAUUCACCCAUUCACACACACUGUGGCAAGCCAUCAUUGUAGCCACAGCUGCCCUGAGGCUCACUGACAGAAGUGAGGCUGCCGUAUACUGGCGCCACAUGGCCCUCCAACCACCAUCAGCAGGCAAUGGCGGUGAAGUGCCUUGCCCAAGGAAACAACGACACUGAACAGACAACCCUCCAGUUGCAGGGCAAACUCCUUCAGCCGACACCACUGUCACCCCAACACUCUGAUCAACACUCUGAUCAGUUCAUCUCAAACAUUAUCUCAAGGCUUUGUUCACUUAAAUGCAAUGUAAUAUUUAUGCAUUUAUUUUCAU